AUGUAUUUCCCUGUUGGCUGGGUUAAUACAUUGAAAUGUGUGGAUCGGCAAUUCUCGAAUGGUGAAGAAGAAGUUAUCGGAGUAGCCUUUAAUCAAAAUUGGCCCUUGCUAGCGAUUACCACAACAAAAAGUUUAUCUGUCUGGACAGUGAAACAUGAUGGCUAUCAUCUCGAACAACGAAUUGAGCUUAAACGUGCUCCGAGAGGCGAUUUAUUAUGGAAGAUAUUUCAUGAUUUUUCUCUACUGGUUGUUCCAUUGUCUACAAAUUCAUUAUUGGUGUUCAAGGUGUCCGGAUAUCAACAUUUCAUUCAAUCGGGGCAAUCCUAUGAACAAGAAUACAUCAAACAUAGGAGUCAAUCCAAUGCAUUUAUUAAUUCAACAAUUUCAAUUUCUAAUUUUUGUGUAUUAGAAUGUGAAUAUGGAAAUGUUGGUGGAAUAUGUUCGGAUGGAGACAAUGUUGUAGUUGGAACAACAACUGGAGGAUUUCUUUUUACAUCAUGGAGAGGUAGUGACUUUUCACAAUAUAUUGGACCUGAUUUUAUUUAUGAAUGUUUACCUCAACAUUAUAGAAAACAAGUGGAUUCUAAUGACACUGAAUUGGGGAUUAUAAGUUUGAGCUACAAUACGAACAAUAAGAUUUUUGCAAUAGUUUUGAAAUUAGGAAUUGUUUUAAUCAUUGCUUCAGAGAAGAAAUUACAAUUGCAAAGCUUAAAAGUUUUGAGAACUAUUGAAGGUAUUGAUGCAGUGUGUGUUCAAUUCAACAGUAGAAAUAAUUUAUUAGCGAUUGGUUGCAACAAUGGAGAUGUUAUUAUUUAUGAAAUUGCAAAAAAUCAUUCCAUUAGUGAACGAUCAAAAUUGUCUCUUUCUUAUCGAGGUUUCACAAGUGAAGAAUUGGGGCGUGUUUCUUCCAUGUGCUUUAGCUCUCAUGAUGGGUUGGCAAUUGCUGUUGGAUAUAGCAAACGAGGUUUUGCCAUCUUUCAUAUAUCAGGAGUGUGCAUCAUGACCAGUCUUCCUCAAUUUUCCGAAAAAGAAAUGCAAAGUAUUCGAUCUCAAGUGACGCAUGGAAGUCCAAUAGGUAUGACCGAAAUUUCCUCCAAGAACGAACCAUUUGGCUCAGGAGUUAGAACUCUGUUGUGGGAUAGUGAGGGCUAUCACUUAAUUGCAGUUUCCAAUGGUACCACAACAUUGGCAGAUUUUACAUUCUGUAAAAGUAUUUUAUGUUCAAGCUUUGCUCAAAGCAAAUCAUCGGACGUGAUUCUUCAAACAACGAACAAACUUUUACGAUUUCACAUGUCUUCUGGAAUGGACUUUGUGAGUGCUGAUUGGGAACCUUUACAAAUUCCACUCUCAUAUCUUACAUUCAACUAUCCAAUUGAAAAUGUAGCAAUUAGUGGAGACAGAAAUCACAUUGCACUCUCUGGGGCGAGAGGAUGUGUCAUUUAUUCUGGAACAUCAAAAAAGUGGAGAAUGUUUGGAAAUUUGGAACAAGAAUAUCAAGUUAAAUGCUCAGCAAUGGUUUGGAUUGAUAAUGUCAUCCUCGCCCUUAUAUCCACCAAUGACAAGAAUGAAAGCGAGUUAUUACUCUAUCCUAGGACUCAUUUGGACGAAGUUUCUCGAUUGGAACGAAGGGUUAUUUCACAGUCAAAAAUUUUAUUUAUUGACAGUACAUCGGUUUUACUCAGAAUUACUCAACAACAAAUGAAACUUGUACCAAUUAUUUUCAUGUAUGACGAAUCCAUGAAAUUACACAUUUAUACUUGCCCAAUAGAUUAUGAUAAGAACAAUAAUAUUCAAGUGAAACUCACAAAAUUAGAAAUCAUUGACAUGACACAAUUUCACACCAGUAUUCCUAGGUCCAUGGUCAGCGUGUCGUGUAAAUCAAUAGCUGGUGUGAAUGCUUCAGAAACCAAAAAGUUGCUGUCCUCGGUGAAACUUCUUUUCAUUCAUGCUAAUGGUGAUCUUGGAGCUUUUAAAUUACACGGUACUCUUAAAGAAUUUGUUUUGGAAAAUGGUGUCGAUGGUCUGUGGAUUGAACAAGAACGCUCAUACAAUGACAAGCUCAUUUAUUUUACAUUUAAUGGAAAGUCAAGAAAAGGAACAGACAUGUCCAUUGUGGAUCUCUCUCAACUUCCAAAAAUUAACCAUAUUCGAGUGAAGAAUAUUAUUCCAUGUGAUACAGAGGCUGUUCCAAUGGGUGUGUUAAAAGAUUUUGGAGUUUUUCUUCAGAUAUCAGAGACAGUCAAACAGAGAUUGAGCGCUCACGUGGAUGUUGAGAACACUCAUUCGCAAUCUCGUUCCAAAUUGACAAUACCUUCUCCUCGAUUUAACAGUCGAGAUUUACUCUUCAUUGAAAAUCCACUUGGCUUCCCUUACUAUGAAAUGCAACCAAAAAUGUAUCCUUAUAUUCAUGGACUCUUAUUGGGUCUGUUAUUUGAGCAACAAAUAGAUUCCAAUAUUCACACAGAAUCUUUAGAUGAGACCUUGUCAUUCGAAUCCUUAGUGUUAUUUACCAAACAACUACCUCCUCACAAAAACUCUGCACUAUCGUUCGUGGCAAAUUUAGAGUGGAUGUUGCAUUGUGCAUUGGGAAGUACCGAUAGUUCAACAUACUUGUCGAUUGAACGAUCAACAGAAGAAGGAGUCUUUUCCAAAGUCGAUAUGCAGAAUGGAUUGCCCUAUGUUGUGAAAUUUUUACAAAACUUUCCUCAAUUUUAUGAUAUUGUGGUCAACUGUCUUCGAAAAACGGAUAUCAUUCACUGGAGUAAGGUUUUCAAUUGUCUCCCACAGCCUCCAAGAAUUAUAUUUGAUUCCUUUAUUAAGCAAAAAUCUGUUCAUUCUGCUGCCAACAUGCUUAAAAUUUUACAACACACGGAAGGUAUCGAUCAGGUUCUAUCGUACUCGUAUGAGGUUUUGAAAUUGGCAUUCUCACAAUCGGAGUUUGAGCUCUCUAACGAUAUUGUAAGAUUUAUUAGAAGAAUUGAGGCAGAAAAGAGAGCAGAAGAAAUGGAGAGAAUGAGUGAAAAUUCCAAUUCGAAUGAUUCCGUACCAUCUCUCUCGAUUGCUGUGAAAAGCAAACAGCACGAGAAUGGUAGUCACUCACCCACAACGUUUAUUAAUUUUUUGAAAACAGAUGAACAACAAGUUACCUUGCAAACCGAUCAUCAGAUUAUUCUCAGUAGUAUGCUCUCUAUUCAAUUAAGAGAAUUCAUGGUUAAUUUUGACUUUUUUGCUCUGUUACAACUUGAACGAUCAUUAAGUGAUGUAUUUUCUCUAAAGAAUUGGCUUAAAAGCGAGCGAGAUAAGUCAGGGCAUUUACUUUCCUCACUACAGGAGGACGUAUCAAUAUGGGAAGACACAUUCGCAAAAAUUCACAAAUCUUUUAAUUUGCCUAGAGCUUGUAAAGGCAAAAUUGGAGAAGAAGGCCAUCUACACACCAUGAAGAAUAAGCAUUUGCAACAAUUUGAAAAUUCACAACUUUUCACAAGCACUCAACAUGUUCUGUGUAAGUCUCAUGAUUUAUAUCAUGACUUGCUGUAUUUGAAGGAUUGUUUUAUUGAGAGUGAGUGUUUUGGAAAUGCUCUGCUUGUGGCCACUUUGGUUUGUGACGUGAAUUCGAUUGUGCAAAUUCUCAAGUGGCACAAGGAGUUUCGUUUAAAUUAUCUUAACAUGCUGAAACAUAAGAAUAAUUCGGAAUAUGCAAACUUGUGCAAUGAGGUCGUCGAAAAACUGUAG